AGGAGACGUCAAGAAAGAACUGGUCCGACGAUACACCGGAAAAGUUCUGGGGGACAUACAUUGGAUCUUGGAUCCGGAAGACCUGCUCAAAAUAGACGAAAUCCUCUACAUUUCCUUGAAGAAUUCAGGGCACAAACAUCUGGCCGAGUUCAAUCUGGUGCUUCAGCAGGUGGCCAGAGAAGGACAGGUGUUGGUGGAUGACUCAUUCUGUGACCCCAUCAACAUGACCUUGCUUAAACAUACUCGUCUCUUAGCAGAAGUCACUUAUUUCAACCUACUCGAAAAAGCAGACAUGACCGAACAGUGGGUGCGUGGGGUGGCAGUAGACAAGGAGAACAUUCUGCUAAAUGACGACAAACCAAAUAGAUCUGCCACACUGGAUGGCAGUGAAGUGUAUGGAAAUAGUCGACUCGGGGUCGAAGGCUCAACCAGCAUAAAAAGGGAUCAGGGCGGAUGGAUUGCUCAUGAGUCCGACAGUCAGUCGGCGGUUGGCGAACAGAAAAAGAAAAAGAAAAAAGGUGGUGGCAAUGUGUUCAAGAAAUUCAGCAAAAUGGGCAAGAAAGUGAACUCUCGUGGGAGUCAAUCUGGCACCUGGGGGGCAAUGUCUCUAUCUGGGUCAACGAAGAACAAGUUUGAACAGACUAUGGCGGAGGAGCAACAGCAGCAGUUGGACUUUUUCGACGAUUCCCUUCUGAAACCUAUCAGUGUCUCCUCCAAAGUUCCAGAAGAAGUUGACUUGUUGAAUGUCGUGGGCAGUGCAGGCGAAGGCCAGUUCAAAGAGAGUGGGUUCCAGGUGAAUGUGCACGUGAUCGAGGCCCAGAGACUGGCGGGAGCGGAGUUGCACCCCUAUGUUAUAGUGCAGGUGGCGGAUGAGAAGAAGACUACCAAGGUGAUCGAGGAGACAGUCGCCUGCCCAUAUUUUGAUGAGGCAUUUGUGUUUGACUUUGUGAUGCCGCCGGUUGAGAUGCUGAACUCCAUCAUAAAACUAACGGUAUUGAACAAGGGAGGUAUUUUUUCCAAAGACGAAAACAUAGGCGAGUUCAAGAUAGAUGUCGGCACAGUCUACGCGCAACCAGGCCAUUGUUUUGCCUCCCGAUGGGCAAUCCUGUUCGACCCAGAUGAUGUCGCCAACGGGACUUCAGGGGCACUCAAGGUCACUCUAAGUGCAAUCGGGAAGGGUGAUGCAAUCAAACCCCCCUCGGACCCAGAGGGAGAUGAUGAGGUCAUCGAGGGGAACGAAUUGUUGCCCCAGGGAUUCCCAGUGGAGAGACAAUUGGCCCACUAUAAAGUGAAAGUGUACAAGGGAGUGGGGCUGCCUCGAAUGUCAUCGGGCCUCAUGGGCCAGUUCAAAAAGGCCAUAGGUGACAUCAAGGACAUGGUCGACCCAUACGUCGAAGUCACCUUCAGUGGACUGUCGGCGCGUACGGCAGUGCAGCUGAACUGCUAUCAGCCAGAGUGGAUGGAGGAGAUUGUGUUCAGUGAGAUGUUCCCCCCCAUGUGCUCCAAAGUGAAGUUAGAGUUGAAGGACAGACACUCUCUCACCUCCCCAAACAUUGGCACUUUCGUAAUAGACGUCAACGACAUCUCCUGCUCACUGGAAGGACAAGGAUUCAUGCCCACUUUUGGGCCCACAUGGGUGAACUUGUAUGGGUCCCUGAGGAGCUACAGUUUCAGUGACCUGCACAUGGCCUUGAACAGGGGAGUGGGGGAGGGAGUGGCCUACAGGGGUCAGUUGCUGGUGGGGCUGGAUGUGAAGUUGGCUGACCCCAUGAGGGACACUAUGGCAGUGGCAGCACUCGAGGAACACAACCCUCUUCAGCCUCUAAACAUUAUGUACAGUGGUAAGAAGGAGGAGUUCUUCCUGUUCUGCUGUGUGAUGGAGGCAUCUAUGGUGGAGAGAACUCACUGUCAGAAGCCACUCUACUUCGAAAUCAGCAUAGGUAACUACGGCAACAACAUAGAUGGUCACAACGUCCACUACCGGCCAGAAGAUGGCAAGGAUACGACCGAUACAAACGAGCCAUCUAAGACAACUUCUUCUGCUGCGACAAAAAAGGGAGCUGUCGAGGGUGCAGCAGAUGAGCCAGCAGAAGAAGACGAAGACGAGGACGAGGAGGAAGUAAUUGACAACCCCUACUCCGAGUCUAAGAUUUUCCUGCCUACACCUAUGGAGGGUCAGGACGAGUACUACUAUUUGGAGAUCGCAUCCCAGAAGCCCUGCAUGUUCCUCAGAGCACAGCUGAGAGACUUCAAAGAGAGACACUUCCGACAGAACAUUCUAGAAAAACUCAUCACCGAUAUCUUGGAUAAGCUGCGAAAUCUGAGUGAGAGGCUGCAGGGAGAGAAUGUUCCGAAUGGCACUGUAGAGUCACUCAAGUUCAUCAUCGGAAGAUUCUUCUCGCAUGCCAAGGACUACGUGAACCAAACUCUUCAUCAGUUGAACAGUACCAAAAUAGCCGGCAAGACUAAGCUGGACUCAGAGAAAGUCAAAUACGCUCACCGUGAAUUGGAGCAGGUGAAGCUUGAGUUGAGACGUCUCAAAAUCCCAGAGACUAGCGACAGUCCCCAAGUUUACCUGGAGAUCAUCAGGAACAUCCGAUCGAACGUGAACCGACUCCGCAAACACCUCAAGGAACCACAACCAGGUCUUCCAGAUGUGUUUCUGUGGAUGGUGAGUGGGGGGAGGAGGGUGGCCUAUGCUCGCAUGUCUGCGGGGGAGCUACUUCACUCCCCCACCUGUGAAAUGGAGAGUGGGAGGAAUUGUGCCAAACUGAGAACCAUUUUCCUCAAAUUGCCUGGCAAAUUCUCCUCCGGUCAAACUGGGUGGUCUAUCCAGGCCAAAUUGGAAGUGUACAUGUGGCUGAGUCAUGCGCGGAACAGGAAGGAGGCGCUGGAAAAACUCCCCUCUGGUUGGGAAGUAUCAGAUAAAAUAGAGGACCCCUUCAAGAACUUCAAGCCAAACAAACACUGGGGUGUUCCACGAUCAUUGCGAUUCAAAGCUGGGGUGAAAUACAUGCUGCGUGCACAUCUGUAUCAAGCCAGAGGUCUUCUUGCAGCUGACGUCACUGGACUGUCUGAUCCAUUCGCCAGAGUUGUCGUCAGGAAUCAGUGCCAGGAGACGCAGAUUCUGGAUGAGACGCUGAACCCCACGUGGGAUGAGAUGCUGCUGUUCCCUCAACUGACUCUGGACUACUCGGCUGCUGUGCUCAAAAACCAACACAAGAUGCUCAUCGUUGUCGAGAUAUUCGACGCCGAUUCCAUGGGUUCAUACGAGUUCAUCGGGCGCACCAAAGUGACCCCAGUGGUGAAGGAGGCGUGGGUGAGUUAUGAGAAGCCAGACUGGCCCCCCGAUCUGGAGUGGCACCAAGUGCACAGGGGGGCGGAGGCAGCAGGCGAACUACUCGCUCAAUUUGAACUGCUUGAGGUGUUGUUUUGGGGGCUUCGGGGUCUGAAGCGGAUCAACUUCAUGAAGGUGGACAAGCCCAAGGUCAUCAUAGAAGUCGGCAACUCCAUGUUGGUCUCGGAGGCCAUCUUGGACAUCGAGAGGAGACCAAACUUCACGAUCCCUGUCAAGUUCAUCGCCGAAAUUGAUCUUCCAGAACGGGAGGUGUACAUGCCCCCCGUGACCAUCCGGGUGAUGGACUGCAGGAAGUUCGGCAGGGAGACCCUGGUGGGGACCCACAGUAUUCACUCCCUAGCCCCCCUCAUACACCAAAACGACACUGACAAGGGGGAUCAAAAUGAUGAUCAAAUGUCAACGUUCUCUGCACCCUCUGCUCUCCUGAAAGAUACCCCGAUAGAUCCAGAUAGUCACUUGGGCCACACCAUCAUCCAGAUGGACCACGACCAACAGAUCCGGCAGAAGCUGGUUGAGGGAAUCGACAACCCGUGCCUGAUAUUGGAAGAAGUAUACGAUGACCGGAAAAUACUAAUUUCCAGAAGCCAGACAAUCAAAUCAGAGUAUCAAACUGCAACCAAUGAUUCAGGAUCAGGGUCCAGUUUCAUUAAUCUGGAUCAAAAAUCAAUAUCUAACCAGAGUUUGAAGGAUCCAAUUAUUUCUGAAAAUAUAUACGGAACAAUAUUAAGCCAAAACAACUCACGUCAAGGAAGCAAAAGUCCAGAGCAUUUAUCAGAAAGACUGGAACUGAAAAGCAGGAGAAAUUCCGAAACCGGAUCCAGGAAGUCGGUUUCGAUUAAAGCGUUGAGCUUGCAAGAAACAACUGAAUUUCAAACUAACCCGAAUGCUCCGACCGAUUUAAAGUUUUCGGGCAAUGAAAAUGAUGAGCAUGAUUUGGUUCCUCAGAACAAUGAAAACGAAACAGAUGCAGUUGCAGAAGAAAAGGGUAAAAAAGAAGCGCCAAAACAAGCGGCAAAAAACAAAAAGGGUGAGAGUAAGUCUAAGAAGCAGAAAGACGAAGACGAUGAGGACGAGAUAGUGUUGGACUGGUGGACCAAGUACUUCGCCUCAGUGCACUGUUUCCGGGAGACGUACGGGGCAGACAUCCCCGCUCUGCUCGCGCUAGGUCACGUGGAAAAGAAGAACAAGCAGGGAGAUCACGAUGACGAAGACGACGAAGCAGACGGACCAAAAGGCAAAAAGAGUCUCAAUGAAAAGAAAAACCAGUCAGCAGAAAAAAAGGAAAAGAAAAAAAAGAAAAAGAAGGACGAAGUUUGUUUCGAGGACCCGAAUAGGGAACGCUAUAAACAUGUCUACAAAAGCCUGGUGUUCAGCGAUGAGCUGGAGAAGCAGCCUGAGUUCGGGGGAUUCGUGGACCUGUUCGAGUCUUUCAAACUGAGGAGGGGCAAGAAGGAGUCGGAGGAGGAGGAAGAGGACGCCAGAGUGGUGGGAGUAUUCAAGGGUAAAGUGAAGAUCUACAAGUUGCCCCUGGAGAGUGAGAUGGAGGAGGCGGUGAGACUGGACCCUAGAUUGGGUCUAUUUAAGUACCUCCCUCCCAUGGACCCUCUUCCAAUCAUAGUCAGACUGUACGUCAUCAGUGCUGUCAAUCUGCAUCCCAUGGACACUAAUGGAAAGGCCGAUCCGUAUCUGCAAGUGACAUUGGGAAAACAAUCGCAGAACACUAAGGAAAACUACGUCUCCAAAAAUCUUAACCCCACUUUUGGAAAGAUGUUUGAAUUCGAGUUCACGCUCCCCUUGGACAGUUUGGUGACAGUUUCUGUGUAUGACUAUGACAUGGUGGGCAGCAAUGACCUCAUAGGUCAGACUGUGAUUGACCUUGAGAACAGGUUCUACUCCAGACACAGACCUUCCUGUGGACUGCCGCAGUCAUUCGACCUCUUCGGGUACAACAAGUGGCGAGACGCGGACAAACCCACUCAGAUCCUGGCACGACUCUGUCGAGACCUUAAGAUUGCAGAGCCAGUCUACAAAGGCAACAGAGUCCGAGUAGCAGGCAAAGUGUUCAGAGCAUCCAACAAAAUCAUGGACGAGAUGGGAACGACUCAAACCACGAAUGAACACAUAGCGCUAGAGGCACUGAGGAACUGGUACACUGUGCCCAAAUAUGGGUUCCAUUUGGUGCCGGAACACAUCGAAACCAGACCGCUGUUCAACCCGGACACCCCUGGAAUCGAACAGGGUCGUUUGCAAAUGUGGGUGGAUCUCUUUGCUAAGGACACUCACGUACCCAAACCAGUAGACAUCGCCCCCCGAAUUCCCAAGGGUUAUGAGUUGCGUGUGAUUGUGUGGAAUACUGAUGACGUGAUUCUGGAGGAGGAGAAUCUGUUUGGAGAGAGAAUGUCCGACAUCUACGUCAGAGGGUGGAUCAAGGGUCCCAACUUGGAUGCCCAGUCGACAGACAUCCACUACCGAUCCCUGACAGGAGAGGGCAACUUCAACUGGCGAUUCGUCUUUCCCUUCGACUACCUCGCAGCAGAGGAGAAGUUGGUGUUCCGACAGAAAGAGUCCACAUUUGCGAUGGACGAGACAGAGUUCAAGAUGCCCCUGAGACUUCAGCUGCAAGUGUGGGACGCAGACGCAUUCUCGUCAGACGACAUCCUAGGUUCGCUGACCCUCGACUUGAACCGGUUCCCGCGAGGAGCCAAGAGUGUGCGCAGGUGUACCCUGGAUCUGCUGAAGACAGACGGAAGUGUGAGGCAGAUGUCCGUCUUCAGGAACAGGAGAGUCAAGGGCUGGUGGCCAUUCACGCGCAAGAACGACGACCAAGAGUUCGAACUCACUGGAAAACUGGAAGCGGAGAUGCAUCUCCUGACUGCCGAGGAGGCUGAGAGAAACCCAGUCGGCUUGGGGCGAAAUGAGCCCGAGCCACUGUUUAAGCCCAAUCGUCCUGACUCUACCCUGAUGUGGUUCCUGCAACCCCUCAAAAGUCUGGCAUUUAUGCUGUGGCGCAACCACAAGUGGCUCAUCAUAAAGCUAGUGCUGAUUAGCCUGCUGGCUUUCGUAUUGGCCCUUUUCAUUUACUCUACUCCAGGUUAUAUGGUCAAGAAAAUCCUUGGAGCCUAGGAUGUGAGACGAAAGAAAAAAAAUGAUUCGCAGAACAAAUGAAAUUCGCAAAUAAACAUUGUACAUAUUAACAUU